GCAAAGACUGCCUCCCCAGGCUCGCGGGACCUGCUGCUCUGCGCCGCCACAGCUGCAUCUCGUCAAAAAAGCAAGCUCCCUCGUGAAGUCUCGAACAGAAACAAGUCAAAUGGCCAAGUUCCGUGGAAACCUGAAUCUUCACACGAAGCGUUACUGAAAAAGUAAGCUUUUCUCAGAUAAAUCCUAAGUGGUGCGCUGUGUCGCCAGGAACUCCUGGUCCACCCAAGCACGAGGGGGGGGGGCCUGGGUCCGGGAGUGCGACGCGUAUCGAAAGACGCUCAGCAAGUGCCGCUUGUCACCCUUGUAAGGUUUUUGUGGCUUUUCUCCCGGAUCUUGCCGCACAGACUCGACACGAACUAAACACUGUAUGGUUUAAAUGAAGAAUGGCUGCAAGGAAAACGUUAAACAGCCUGAAUUCCGCGCCAGCUUGGUUCGUCGCUGAAAUGAAACCAUCUCCCAGGUGGAGAGCACCAAAUACUCGGAAAUCGAAAGAGGCCCUAUACCCGCGCUGGCAUGCGACAAACGGCUUAGUGUGAGUAACUCCUGACUAAAAAUGCACAACGGAGGGUAGUGGAUCUGGGCCAGGCGAGCACAUCUUAGUCUAGCGUCUCCGAAUAGGAAGACCCCUUCAAAAGGAUACCGUGUGCGAAACAGCUGGAGGCGAUCCAGUUGAUGAUGAGAAGGCCGGCAAACUGGCGAGGUUCCGCGCAGCUCCAGGAGGACCUUCUUGAACGAGCUUCAAUCCGUUAACACAGUUUUCUUUGGGUUAUUUCCUUUAUAAAACUUCGGCUUUUUCCUUGAGCCCGUUUUAUAUUUCGCCAAAUCCUCACACUCGUUCCGAGCACCAAACGCGCCCACCUGUCUGCCUCUUCCUGUGCCAGGCACCGCCGCAGCAGCACUCCUUUCCACUUUGAUCCUUUCUAGUUGAUCCACGCACUGAUACGUAUGUCACGCAGUUAUACUGAGAAGUGGGGUAGGACGAAACACACUCGGUAAAAUACGUCAGAUCCUUUGCAUUGCCUCUAAAAUGCAACGCAGAAAUCGCCUGCACCUUCCGCAGACACGGCUGCAGACGCGCCUGCGUUCCGUGCGGAGCGCGAGGUGUAGCCCCCCGUUCCGUCAACCUAGGCCCCUCAAGCUGCUCUUACCGUGGUGACACCUGGAGAAAACAGAUUUUGAAAACGAAGAUGAGCGGAAGAGGAGAGUAAACGUCAAGCAAAGCUCGUAAACGGGGGCGAAUCCGCGAAAAGUGGAGCGAACAGAGACUAAGAAAACUUGCGAUAAUCACGCGGGUUACACCACGGGCGACACGGCGCUGCCGGUAGAUCGCAGCGUUGCCAGCUCCUUUUCCCGACCCAGGCGAUACGCAGCGAGGGUGGUAAACAGAGAAGAAGCAAAAGAAGUCAUCACACGCACUUGUGUGUCUUGGAAAGGCGUAUAAAUUCUCUUUCUGUAGACCCUUUUCCGCCCGCCGCGCUCCUGCGGUAGAUCCCGUCCCAGACGGCGAAGAGCCAGAGGCGCUGUAUACAUACGUCGUGGGCUCGCCACAGAGGAGCUUUCAAGACGGGGGCGUCUUGAAACGCGAACUUUGGGCUGUUGCUGAAGCCUGGGUGGCUGCGUCCUUCUUGACAUGUUCUCUGGUGAGAAAUGUGGAGGGAAGUCUUUACAAAGAAGGAAAGCGGCAACUUCUUCCUCUCUGCUUGGCUCUCCGAAGAAGGCGGCUCCUCGCGCCUGACCCGCGAUUGAGUGAGGGAAGCUCGAGUUUGACGCGCCUCUUUCGCUUCGAAAAAGCCACAGGGGGUCGUUGUCGAGGAAACACCCACUGAGAAGCUCUCCUUUUUUCUCUUUGACUCGCCUUUGAGUCGAUCUCGGCGAGGUUUUUGCUGUAUAUCCACGGUUCGUCAAUUCCUGCCCCUGCCGCCGCAGGGUUUUGUUUGCCGUAAGAUCGCGCGCUGUAAAUUCUCUCUCUCUCUCGACUCACGUUCUUCCACAAUGUCUGCGCUUCGCUGGCACUCCCGUCCUCCCGCAUCUCUCACGCCUAUCUCUGUCUCGUCCUCUGCUCGAUUUCCUCCUCGUUCUUUUUCUCGUUUUCCCCCCGCCAGUCGCUCGCCUCCCGCUGUCUCCUCUCCGCGUCUCCUUUCUCCUCCGUCCACCUUCAGUCGGUCUUGCUCUCUUUGCCGCAAAUCGCUGCGGCCCAACGCUUUAGCUCUUCCCUCUAGACCCUCAAGCACACCCUUCUCGUCGUCUGUCUCUUCUGUCUCUCUACUCUCUCCUGUCUCUCCCUUUUCUCCUUCCUCUUUUCCUCGUGCUCCGUCGCCUUCGUUUUCGCUUUUUUCUGUCUCUCCCUCGUCUCCCUUCUCUUCUUCCUGUCCUGCAUCUCCAGUGUUCUACUCUCAUUUGUCGUAUUCCCUCUGCCAUUUCUGCGCCUCUGUCUCUCCACGCGCCUCCCGACGUGAGGCAGGGGGGUCGGCAGACGGAGGAACUCUCGUCUCGCUGGACAGAGGCUCUGCCUGUUGCCGCUCAUCCCCUGCGAGCACCCAAGAGGCUCAGGGGGAAGGCGCGAGACGCGGGAGUCUCUGCCUGUCUGCGCCUCGUUUCUCCGACUCGCCCGCUCUGCAGGCGUCAGACACGAACGCACUCUUCGACUUCGCAUGGUCGCCUGCCUCGCCGGAGAUCCCUGGCGACGCCUUCCUCGAGUUUACUACGGAGAGCGUCCAAGCGCUGACAAACGCCGCGCGAAGGGAGGGUGAAGACCGAAGGAACGACGACGCCGACAGUCUUCGUGAGGGGCGCGCGAGAAGAAGAGCGUAUGGCGGCGAAGCAGGAGAAGCGACGCCGUUCUGCGACCGAGAGAGUCGCCGAAAACGACCUCGCGAGCUCUCUCCACCAGUCAAAGUCUUUGCUCUGAGCUCAACUUUCAAAGACAAGCACAAACGAACCUCACAGGAAUCCACUCUCUCUUCUUCAGCGAAUUCUGCGGAUUCUUUCCUGUUUCCUCCGAUUGAGGACUCUCAAAUUUUUUCGCUGACAGCCGCCUCGCUGAGCGCACAGGAGCUCCUCUACGUUCUGGGCCGAGCUAGCCUGGUGCUGCGAGAAGAAGGGAGAAAGGGAACUUGCCUGCAAGGCACCUGCAGCUCUGAACGAAGAACCCAGGAGGCUUCUUCUUGCAAAGCAGGUGAUUCACAAAGACCGCUGCCCGCAUGCAGUCGACCUUCUCCUCCACUCUCUCCUUCCUCGUCUUCCUCGUCUUCUUCUACUUCUUCUUCCUCGUCAUCUUCUUCUUUUCCUCCCCUCUCUUCUUCUCCUCCCCUCUGCUCGUCUUCGCAGUCGUCUGAUGAGGAGCUCGAGGCAGGCGCAGAAGGCUACAAGGUGAGGAGAGACGACGAGCUGUCUCGUCUGUCUUUUGUUUCUGCUGCUGCACAGAGUUGCCCUCGUCGAGUGUCUGAUGGAGGGCAGGAGUUUGACUUUUCUGGAGAGGCGGAGGAGGCAGAGACGGUCUUCACCCAACCGCAUCCGGAGUCGACUAGGGAGUCUCGACGAGUUCACCUCGCUCUCUGGACGCAACUCCUCGGGCGCUUGACGUCGCUGCUCCCUUCACUGAAGCCUCGAGAGUUCUCGCGAGCUGUCCAGACACUCGGCUACGCUCGUCCCCUGCUCCUGCAGCUCGCUGAGGAGUGCCAGCACGCGCCGUCUGAAGACUCGCAUGGCGCGAAUAACUCCGCAGUCUCAACGCAGGGGGAAACGGACCCCGACAAGAAUGAAGUCGUCUCUUCGCUUUCUCCUCCGUCUUCUCUGUCUCCCUCGUCUUCUCUGUCUCCGUCGUCUUCGAGUGUGAGCGAGAGCAAAGAAGCGCGUUCCUUCGCUGUUGAGCGAAGAGGGAAAGAGACGGAAAACGCAUCCCAGAUCUUUUUUGCCGUGGAUGCGGCCCUCGUCGUUCAACUGAGGAGACAGGUGGGUCUGCGGGCGCAUGCGUUCCACGGCGAGUGUCUCUCGAGGAUUUUCUACGGCAUGGUCAAGGGACAAAUGGAGAACGACGCUCAGUUCAUCGAUUUUCUCACUUCGGAAGUCUUGGAGCGUCUGGAGAAGAAACUCCGUCCGUGGCAGCUGCAGCGGAUCUUCCAGGCGGCCUUCCACUCCGCGCAGGUGUCUAGACACUUCAAGUCUGUCCUCGGUUCGCAUCUCGUCUCGCAACUCGCCUUUCUCCCGGGACCGAGCUUGGCGGAGUUCUUGCCCAAGUGUGCGGAGCUAGGGAUAACGAAGAAGGUGGAGAAUGUGGUGAAGAUCAAUGUGAUUUCCGGCAAAAGGAUUCGCGCCUGGAAUGAUUCGACUCUGCUGAUUGCGCUCGGCUAUCCGCUGGUGAUGUACGACAUCAUUUCUCCUGGAAACGCGAUCGCUCUCUUUCGCCGUCUGCGCGAACUUGCAGUAGACAUAUCUUAUCCUGCCUUCGACGUCGCACUCGAAGGCGACCAGGAUGGGAUGUAUCGCCGGGCUGUUCGGCGCGUGAACGCAUCUCUCAUUCCUCUCAAGCUCAUGGAGGCUCGGCUGCGCAUCUUCAGACGGAAUAUUUAUCAAACGUUGUCUCCGGCUCUCGCGGCGUGGCUCCGAACCAUCAGAGAAGCGCCUCUGAAGUUGACUUCGUUUCUGCCGCCUGUCGACCAGGCUCACGUGAACGCGCCGCUGCUCGCGGGGCUCGCGGAUUUGAUGGCGCAUUUGCCUUCCGGUGUCGCAUGUCUUCACCCUCACUUGCAAGGACCUUUUCUGCUCGAGGCAGCUUCGCCGGCCACACAAACGUUCCUUGAGUGGGACCGCCCCUGGCUGUUCUAUCCGACCUUCAAGCAAUUUGAAAGUCGAGUGUAUACCGAGAUGAAGAGGCGCUGUUUGUCUGAAGAAGGGUGGAAGUUGAUUUCUGUCUCUGUUGAAGAAUUUCUUUCACGACCGCUUUCCGACAGACAUCGGUGGCUGCUGGCGCAGCUCAAGCGGCACCUUCUCGGCGACGCCGAAGCGGCGCGAUUUGGAACUCAAGAAUGGCAAGAGGGAUAGACGAUUCUCGAAAGAAUUCGACAACAAGAAGAAAACCUGACGAACGCGAAGAGGCAGAGAAAGAGGCUCGGGAGGAAAAAGAGAAAACGCGCCUCUGGUGUAGGGGUCGAUCCUCCCCUGCUUCUCUCCGUGACAUGCGUCUCUAUACAUUUGAUAUAUGUAUAUAUGUAUAUAUAUAAAUAGAGACAUGCGUGUUUAGAUCUGUAUAGAUGUAUAUUUAAAUACAUAUAGCUGCCUUCGGAGAUAUCCACGCAGUUAUUAUAUGUGCAGUGUUUGCACAUGCGCAUAUGUGCGUAUCCAUAUACAUACAUAUAUCAGUAAGUGUCUAUAUAUAUCUACUUCAAAUAUGUAUGUCUCUUUUUAUUGAGCAAAUGCCACGGGGCAGCGCUUGAUGUUGCAUGUAGAGUUACAUCACCCUGGAUUCAUCUUUUUAAAUCAUCGAUGCAUGCGAC